CUUUGCAUUUCAAUGGCUGAGGUGGCCUUUGUUUCCUCAACUGACGGCUCUCUGUAUGCUCUCGGAACCGAAAAUCCCCAAUCUCCACGAGAGCUUUGUGCAGUGAUCCACCGGGGCUAUGAGCAGCAACGGAGUUUGAUGUCCACAAAGGCUUACUUCUUGGCCACAGCUUAUGUGACUUCAUUUGUUCUUUGCAUUGGCUUUGGCAUUUUGCAGCAGCGAGCUUUCCACCGACUCAACCUGCACGCCGCACAUGCAGACUUUGUUGCUUACGUGGAUGGCUUGCCACCUAUCUCCGGCUCCGAAAACCUUGAGGAGAUCCUAAAGACUGAGCUUCAGACAGCUUUGUCGCAGGAUGUAGUUGGCGUUUCGGUUGGCUGGGAUUUUGCACAGCAUUCCGACAGAAUCCUGGAGAUCCUCGCGGAAGACGUCAUGGCACUUGAGCCUGCAAGCAAGGCCGACGGCGCUGAUGAAGGUGCUGCAGGACCACAAAGCUCUGCUCGAUGGAAGUGGUUUCAAGGUAUGGACAAGUUGAUGUUGACCCAGGUCUUGGGAAUUGAUCUCACAGAGCACAGCAAGAUUCCGGCAGCUCCAGAGGCCCUUUCGGCCGAAAGCAUUUCCAAGAGUCUGGUAGCUUCUCCCGCGGCAUUGGUUGUAUUCAAGACAGAAAGUGGAAGGGAUGCAGCAGUAAACUCGAAGAAAAAGAUCUCCUUUCGAGGCUCUACACUGCAGGUGCAAGCUUUGGAAUCUGAACCCAUGGGAAUCUGUUGGCAGAAUCUUGCAAUUCCAAGAAAGAAGAAACGCGAACGGAUUUGGGCAGCCAUCAAGAUGAUCCUCUUGGCAAGUUUUGCCUGGUCAGUGCUUAUCUACAUGCCCUUUGCCCAGUAUACGUCGUCGUUCUCCUACUCAAAUGGCGACAAGCCGUCUGUAGCUGUGACAAUGUCUUUGACGAUCAUCGUUGUCCUUGGCAACCUGGUAAUGUAUACAACAUGUGCAGAAGCAGCUGGGAGGGUCGGCUUUAUGCUUCGUGACUCACAGGAGGGAACUUACAUGGUCCUGUACACAUUUUCCAUUUUGGUGAACAUAUUGCUGGAUGCAGCCCUGACUGGGAGUAUUGCCUAUCGCACAGCCGUUGCUCAGCGAGCGCGGACAUAUGGCGGAACACUCAUUGCAGACUUGACCCGCGCCCAAGCGAUCUUCGAGAGUUUUGAAAUCCAGCGGCAACUUGGCCUCGCCGUCUUUAAGUACUGCUGGCCAGCAAUGUUCCUCAUCCCCUUUGUAGGAGAAGCCGUUGGUGCAAAUUGCUUCACACUGCAUUUGGCACGCCUAGUGGUUUUGAGCUUCUCACACAUCAAAGGCUUCAGAGCACAGCAGGCUCUCAAGAUUCUGGUGCCUAUGGAUUCAGGGAGAUAUGCAGAUGUUCUCAUCAAUAUCACAGCUGCAGUCCUUAUUUUCUUCCUGCCUGGCGGCUACACGCUGCCCCUCUUCAUAGCUCUGGCGCUGUCACACGUGUUCAUUAUACGCUUUGACCACUACCGGGUACUGCGAUGUGUGCCGUCAUUUUGCUUCUGCAGUUCAGUGGUGGAUGAUUAUGGACAGAUGCUCUUGAUCCUGCCCUGUGCUUUGACACUUGCCGCUUUCGUCCUCAAAGCCAACUGUACUGUAUCCUCGAGCUUUUGCGUCCAGGACACUUCGUUGGGCUUAUCCAUGCUGCUGGCGUUCACUCUCCAUGUUGCCGUGCAUUGCAAGUCAGGGCUGAUUCGUGUGCCCCAGGCCUUUGCUCGUUUCCGCUCUGUAGACAGAAGAGAAAUCAAUGUCUUUCUACGAAGAUCAGCGCAAGGUGGUCAAGGAAAGGUAUUUCCCUUUUGCUCUUGGCUAGUUGAUGGAGGCUGUCGGCAGGAAGCAAGGCAGCGAAUAGAGCACAUGCAGCAGGCACUGGAGGCCGCGAGUACCAAGAGGUCGUCCCAAAUGGAGGCCGUCACAUCACGCUUACACCGAGUCACAUCAAUGGAGCAGGAGCUCAUUGCAGCAAAGCAAGAGCUCCAAGGUGCAGUGGCGGCAGCGAACAAGUUAAGAGUUUCCGUUGCAAGGACCACAGCUGAAAACGUCAACAAGGAAGAGGCCUUGCUGCAGCGCUUUGUCCAGAUGAAAUCUGAGCUUGAAGAGCACCAGGAAUUGUCCAAGCAGCAAGCGCAGAAGCAGAAAGCUCUGAGAGCAAGCGAGAUGGAGAAGAAUCUAGAGCAGCAACGGAAGGAUCUGCAGGAACUCGCGGAAGAAGCAGCCCGCCAGGAAGUCAUUGCAGCUGCAAUGAAGACAGCCUUGAGCGAGCAAAGGGCUAUGCAUCAAGACUGUGUCAAGGCGCAGAAAGGGCAGUCAACAUCGACAAAAGAGCAAGAGUUGCAGGUUGAGGAACAGGUGAGAGAACUCCUCGCCAAACGAGCAGAGCUGGCCAUCAAGCAAGAGGCAGUGGCCGCUGCCUGCAGUGUGGAAAAGGAGAGAUUGACAGAGCUGCGCAACGAAUUUGAGGAGGUUCGCACUGCCACUUCGAAGAAAAUCGAGGAUGCUUCCAAGGAAAGCACCGAGGCAGAGAAGAAUGUCCAGGCUUUGCACCAGGAGCAGAGGAGUCUUCAGGAAGAGUACCGUGUGGUGAUGGAUGACAUGAAAAGCCAGGUUAGCAAAGGCAAUGAUCACUACUCCAAAUUACAGGAGUUGGAGGAGGACAUCAGAACCUUUGACGACGAAUCGGAACUCUUGACCCUGGGCCUCCAUGAUGCAGAGCAUCGGAAGACUUUCCUUCUGCAGGAGCAUGAACUUUUGCGGAAGACUUCUGGCAAUUUCCACCCGAAUCUCCUUCAACAGUGGGCCAAAGAGGUCCUGGGCCUAAGAGUGGCUGCCCAGGUAAAGUCAUACGAGGAUGAACUGGAACAUUGGAAGCAAGCGGCCAGCGAGGGCCAGCCAGAAGCCCCACCCAAUGGCAGCAGCCAUCAGAAGGCAGCAAAAGAGCUGCUCCGCCAAAAGGCAGUUGCACUGGAGGAACAGCUGGCUGCAAAAGAAAAGCAGCUAAAAGAGUUCGAGAAGCAAACGCAGCAUGAGGAAGUUCCGGGCAACAUCCGUUCGGUACCUUCUGCACUGCAUGGUUCGCUCUUUCUCGGACCAACACUGUCCAAGAUGGAAGCUGUGCAGCGACGAGCUCUGGUGAUAGGUUGCAACUACUGCAGCUCCUUUGCUCCUCUACAAGGGUGUGCCAACGAUGCAUGGAACAUCCAGUGCUUGCUGCGGCAGUCCCUGCAGUAUCCAGAGAGCCAGGUCCGAUCUUUGAUCGACUUCUCGGAUUCGACUGCAUCACCUCCAAAAAGGCGUCCCACGAGGGAGAACAUCAUCGCAGAAUUGCAAUGGCUGACUCAAAGUGCAAAGCCCGGGGACAACGUUCUCUUUUACUUCAGUGGCUACGGAGCUCAACAACCAGAGUCUCAGACUGAUGGGCUCUACGAGGGACACCUUGUGCCAAUGGACUUUGCAGACAACUUUCCAGAGGACAUUGUACAUGAACUGAGACACUGCAAUACCUCAGCGGACUCGCGCUUGUCGCCCGACUCAGCUCAAAGGGCUGUUCAAGCCGGUGGCUACCGUCUGGUUCCGAUGUCUUUAAUCACUUCUGCUCUUCAUUCCCUUCCUCCUACAUGCAAGGUUACAAUACUACUUGACUGUUGUCAGAGCUCUGUUGUUCCACUGCUACGGCAUUCUGAAGCUCGCUCGCUUGGUCCUGGUCCAGGGCCACCUCUCUUCAAGAGGCUCGCUCCAAAUGUUCAGGAGAUACCAGCAGAUGCUGUCUCGUCUGCGAAGAUACGGCUGUUGAACCUACCACCUUUGCCUGGUGGACAUGGCUUGGCCAGGCAAAUGGUGUCUCCAUCAAGUUCCCCCAGCAGCAGAUCUUCAACGCAUGCCUCACCACACCACAUGAGCUCCCCAGUUUCUGAGGCACAGCCUUCACCUUUGGAGGCAACUCAGCGUCAUGGGAAUGUGGCCCGCGGUGGUCCAUCGUGCAAAUGCUACAGCUUUGCAACCUGUCAGAACGACCAGGUUUGUUGUGAGCUACCAAUUGAAGGGUGUGUACAGGGCGCUGGGACAUGGGCCUUUGUCAAAGCUGUUGCCGCUUGCCACUUUAGUGUAUCGUUGGCUCAGCACAGCAAGGCAACGGACAGCAUCUUGCAAAACUUACGCAGAAAGUACAGGUGGAUACAACAGACCCCUGUGAUUCAGCUCUCCGCAUCAGCUAAUGUUGAGGAGGGACCUGCAACAUGUUCUGCUUCAGUGCUUUGA